UAUUAUUUUUGUGCUCACGACUGUAUAAUUCUAGUGUUGCAAAACGACGCGCUAUGUGUGCGUUUUUCUAUUUUCAAAUAUGCCAGAUAUACCAGAUAUACCAUACAUAGCCAGAAGUCAGCUAAACGGGCAACUGCGCGCGAUUGGAAGCGUGAAAGAACAGCCGGCGGCGGCAGCGGCAGAAAUUAAAUCAGUUUUUGCAAUAUAAAUAAACGCGAGCUAUAACCCGGCGCGCGCUCUAAUUUAUGCAUUACCGCUGUUAAUUUUCACUUCGAGUUUCGAUUCGGUUAAAAAAAAUUGGCGAAAUGUUCUGACUGUCAGUUAAAUAAACGCCGCUAUUAUCAAACACACGCCCGCUUCCCUCUCCACCGCUCUCCUUGAAGCCGGCUGUCGCGUGUUUUUCCAUUCAGAUUAAUAAAUUCUUCAGAUUCCGAUCAACAAACCAAAAUGCAGAAGCUAUUUAGACGCUUGAUGGACCACCAAUACCUGACCAGGGCCCAGAUCAAUGGCUUCGACAACUACAAGUACAGCGCCAUCGACACAUCACCGCUGAGUCAGUACGUCAUGCAUCCCUUUUGGGAUUGGCUGGUCAAGUUCUUCCCGCGCUGGUUUGCGCCCAACCUGAUGACGUUCCUGGGCUUCCUGUUCAGCGCCAUGAAUCUGGUGCUGCUGUCGUACUACGACUGGAACUUCAAAGCCAGUUCCGGCGAGGAGGGCACCACGCCCAUUCCCUCAUGGGUCUGGCUCUGCACUGGCAUUAAUAUAUUCGUGGCCUACACGCUGGAUGGGAUCGACGGUAAACAGGCGCGACGCAUCGGCUUGUCCGGCCCGCUGGGUGAGCUCUUUGACCAUGGCUUGGACUCGUACACGGCCAUGCUGAUACCGACCUGCCUGUACAGCAUUUUUGGCAGGAGCCAGGUGUACUCUGUGCGGCCGAUGCGGAUGUACUACGUCUGUCUGACGGUCUACUUCAAUUUCUUCGUGUCGCACUGGGAGAAGUACAACACGGGGAUUCUGUACUUGCCCUGGGGCUAUGACCUGAGCAUGUGGGGCAGCACGGCCAUGUACCUGGUCACCUGGUGGAUGGGUUUCGAGCGCUGGAAGUUCGAGCUGCCGCUGGGCUCCUAUGGCACCCUGCCGUUGGGCAAUGUCAUGGAGGCGGUGCUGCAUGUCAGCGCUAUGGCCAAUCUUCCGCUAGUCAUCCUUAACGUGUACAAUUCUUAUAAGCAUCGGACUGGCCGGCUUUUAUCGUUCUGGGAGGCAAUCCGACCGAUGUGGCCCUUUUUAACCUACUUUAUUAUUCUGUUGACUUGGCCCUAUGUCUCGCCCAACAACAUCAUGGAAACGGAUCCGAGAGCCAUUUUCAUGCUGAGCGGUACCAUCUUUUCCAAUGUCAGCUGUCGUCUGAUCGUUUCCCAAAUGUCGGUGACGAGGAGCGAGGCUUGGCACUGGCAGACUCCCAUGUUCUUGAUCUCCUUCGCCUUGAGCCUGUGGCUGCCAUUGCUGGAGAGGCCGCUGCUCUACAUGCUGCUGUUGGUGACCACCCUGAGUCACUGGCACUACGGAGCCAGUGUGGUGAAUCAGAUGUGCGAUCACUUUAACCGCGUCUGCUUCACAGUGCACAAAAGAGUGCCGCUGGAGGAUAAGAAGACGCUGUUCAGGGAGCCGAUGAAGAAAACUGUCUUGGAUCCGUACGAGGGGCCGUCGAAGAAGAAUGAGUAGACAAAUGCCAGCUAUAUAUGUGCAUGCGUCUUAUCCGGGAAUUGCGUCGACCUUUUAAUUUUAGCUGCGAUUUUUGUUGCACGUUUUGUCUGUACAUUAUGGAGGCUGUUUAGUUAAAACGAUCGAUCUUGUGAGAUUAUGUAUAAUUUGUCAUAUAGUUAGAAUAUAUAUUUAAACAACGGACAUCCUAGUGAGUGCUGCAGUAGUGUUUGGAGCCUGUUUCGGCAUAUCCCAAAGGACUUUUAACGUAAUGCUCUCUUCCAAUGAAUACCCUUAAACUUAAACUUAUAAUGACGACUACUUUUUCUGUAUUAAAUCUUUACUCUACAAUGACCCAUCGUAGUAGAUCAAUUGCAUGAACAAAGGCAUUACAAUUAUUCUGUGUUGCUGCUAAGAUAUCACAUAAGUAUUAGUUGAUAGAUAACAGACAUGUUCCAGUCCAUCAACUCAAUUAUGCUUUUAACUUCUUUCUAACUGUAUUGCAAACCAAAUAUUAACUAAAUACCUAGAAAAACUAUACAAAUUACCGCAAAGCUCGCUCUCGUCAUCUGUAUUUCGGUGUUCAUUAUAUUCGUCUAGACAUAAUCGAAUAAUUUUCAUGUGCUACGCCUAAUUUAA